GUUCCGCUGUCUCCUCCCAGCUGUGAGCCCACAAGGAGUGGCAGUUGGGGGCUAUAUAAAGGCAGGGAAACCUCAGCCAGCUCAAAAGAAAGUCUUGGAGCUGGUGGUGCUCUCCCUCCCUCCUGCCUUCACGUGAUUCAGCUUCCCCACGCCGGGAGCCAAGGACAAGCCUCGCUUGUGUCCCCCGGGUCUGUCUGUGCUGACACCCGUGUACGUCCCCAGGCCAGUCCGUGCUGACCCUGCUCUCUGCCUCCGGGUGCGGGAUGGCUGCCGGCGGCUGCCUUCUUCUCCUCCUUUUGCCCUCGCUGCUCACAGCUUCACACAGCCCUCCUGGCUGUAAAAUCCGGAUUACUUCCAAGGGACUGGACCUGGUGAAGCAGGAGGGGCUGCGCUUUGUGGAGCAGGAGCUGCAGAACAUCACGGUGUCAGACCUGCAUGGGAAUGAGGGGCAAUUCCAGUACAACAUCAGCCAGGUCAAGGUGACAGACCUGCAGCUGGCCUUUUCAGACCUGAACUUCCAGCCACAGCAGAACCUUGUCUUCAACAUCAACAAUGCUUCCAUUAGCCUACGUUUCCGCAGGCAGCUGCUCUACUGGUUCUUCUACGACAUUGGGUCCAUCAAUGCCUCUGCGGAUGGUGUCUACAUCCACACAGUGCUGCAGCUGGCCAAGGAUGAGGCUGGGCGCCUCAAGAUCUCCAAUAUGACCUGCAACGCCUCCAUAGAGAGAAUGCACGCUGGCUUCUCUGGCACACUCAGGAAGGUCUAUGAGUUCCUGAGCACCUUCAUUGUCACAGGGAUGCGCUUCCUCCUCAGUCAGCAGAUCUGCCCAUCCCUGGAGCAUGCCAGCCUGGUGCUGCUGAACUCUUUGCUGGACACAGUGCCUGUGAGAAACUACGUGGAUGAGCAUAUUGGGAUUGACUACUCCCUCCUACGGGAUCCGUCUGUCACCACCGACACCCUGGAGCUCGACUUCAAGGGCAUGUUCUUCCCCCGGGUGAGAGAGGACCAGGAGCUGGAGAACCACGCGGUGGAGCCGGUGAUCAAGGAGACUGAACGCAUGGUUUACGUUGCCUUCUCUGAGUACUUCUUCGACUCAGCCAUGCACUCGUACUUCCAGGCAGGAGUACUGACCAUAGAGCUCCAGGGGGAGAAGGUGCCCAAGGACCUGGAGGUUUUGCUGAGAGCCACAUUCUUUGGGACCAUCUUCAUGCUGAGCCCUUCUGUGGAUGCCCCGCUGCGGCUGGUGCUGCAGGUCUCUGCUCCCCCCCGCUGCACCAUCAAACCCUCGGGGACCUCAGUUUCUGUCUCUGCUUUCCUGAACAUCUCACUGGUGCCCCCGGAUCGCCCACCUGUCCAGCUCUCCAGCAUGGCCAUGGAAACUAAGCUGAGUGCCAAGGUGUUUCUGCAAGGGAAGGCGCUGCGUGUGCAGCUGGACCUACGACGGUUCCGCAUCUAUUCCAAGCAGUCAGCGCUGGAGUCGCUUGCGCUGUUCUCACUGCAGGCCCCACUGAAGACCCUGCUGCAGCUGACUAUCAUGCCCAUCAUUAACGAGAGGACAAAGAAGGGGGUGCAGAUCCCACUGCCCGAAGGCAUGGACUUCACCAGGGAGGUGGUCACCAAUCAUGCGGGAUUCCUCACAGUGGGAGCUGAUCUCCACUUCUCCAAGGGGCUGCGGGAGGUGAUUGAGAAAUACCGCCCGGUGCCGACCACUGCUGCCUACUCCAGCUCCCAGCCUGCAGAGCCCAGCCCGGACCCCAGCUCGCUCUAGCUCUCCUCCCUGGACCAAGGGCAGAUCCCGGGCUGGACCCGUAGACUGUAGGUAGGAAGCAGCUUCCCUGGUACCACCAGUACAUUGUCAGGGCGUCCAGGCCCUGGUUGGGCGCAGCAAGGUGGAGAGGGUGCUCUGGGAAUCCCUGCUGCAGCCCUGCUCAUUACACUAAUAAACCACCUGACUCCAA